AAUACUCUUUUCUCCCUCUGGUCCAUCGUUUUUUGUUUCAGUGCUGCUAAAUCAAAUCAAUCACAGAUAAACUAAGAAGAGAAGAGAAAGGAAAGAAGAAGGAGGAGAAGAAGAAGAAGAAGAAGAAGAAGGAAGAAGGAGGAGGGAAAUUGACAGAGACAGAGACAGUUGUUGGAUUUGGAUGAAUGUUGUUGUGCGGAUUUGGGGAUUUGGUUGUUUUGAUUAGAUUUUGGUGUGAUGGCUUCAACCUCUGUUCUGAGUAUCAGAUUUUGCUUCGAUUUCAAUUCUCGAGUAUGGUUCUUCAAUUCUCUUCUGCAUCGGUUUGUAAGUAAAUCUUCUCUCUGUUUUUUGCAAUGAACUUCCUCUGAAACUUUGGGAAUCCGAUGAUUUUCUUUUCCUAGGCAGCAGCAACAUUCUUUCAUUCUUUCUUUUGGGGGUUGGGAUUGAAUUUUAGGACACACAUUUUGAUAUACACACACAGUGUUUCUUUUGAUUCUUCCUUUCUUUCUCAUCGGAUUCCUCUUGUUUUUUCUUUUAUUUUUUUUGUUCAUAUGAUUUUUUUUUCUUUUGUAGAAUUCUUCACACACUCACGUAGUUUUAUUCUUUGUAGUUCUUAAAGGGAAUUCUUUUUUUUUUUGUUCUUUUCUUAGAUUAUAAACACUAAAAGGAAUUUAGAAAAAACAGAGGGAAAAAACGGGAAAAUAGAAUUGUGGGGGUGUGUUGUGUUGAUUCUUUUUAGAAAAAACGAAGCAAAAGAGUUGGAAGAAGAUAGAGGAUGUUGGCUGGGUGUUCUAGUUCAACAUUGCUCUCACCAAGGAAUCGAUUGAGAAGCGAAGCACAGCCGCCAUUUCCAGCUUGCCAUUUGCAGUUGCCAACUUCGAUGAGCACACAGAGAUUGGAUUUGCCCUGCAGCUUUUCCCGUUCCAAAGACGCCUCUGCCUCAGCUCGAUCCCCGUCAAUCCGUCCAGUUGCGCUCUCUGUUGAGAAGCAGAACAUUAGACUCCCACCGCUAUCCGCCACCAAUCAGCAGAUCAAGCAAGAGUUUUGGAAGGGGAAAGGUAAGAACUUGAAGAGAAUUGCAGAACAAGUUGGGUUUGAUGAUGAUGAUGAUUCUUCCAUUAGCAGUGCCAAGAGGAAAAGAGAAUGCAGCAGAGACGACACCGCCGCAGACGGGUUAAUUCUCAGCCAAUUCGGAGGUGGGGGUGGGAGUUUCUGGUUUCAUCAGCCUGAUGUGGAUGAAGGAUUCUGUUUUCUUCCUGGAAGUGAAGUAAUUUCGUCGCCGUCGCCAUUUUUGUCGGAGAUCGCCGAUUUGGGAGAAGGAAAUGAUGGAGAAGAAAGCAGCCAUGUGAAAGCUCAAGAAGCCUCCGGUUCGGGUUCGGGUUCGAGUUCAUCAUCAGAAAGUGAGAGAUUUGCAUUGAGAAGAAGAGUAACAACAGAGAAUGUGUCAGCAGCAACAACAACAACAGUGCAAGAAAUUGGGAAUGGAAGCUCAAGAAAUCCUUCAUAUCAUCACCAUCAAGCUUCUGAUUUGGAAAAUGAAAGGGAAGAAGAAGAAGGGUUUGAACUGAUAAGUCUUUUAAUGGCAUGUGUAGAAGCAAUUGGAUCAAAGAACAUUGGUUUGAUUACCCACUUGAUCGAUAAACUUGGAACUCAAGCUUCACCAAGAGGUUCAUCACCAAUUACACGUUUGAUUGCAUAUUACACAGAAGCUCUAGCACUUAGAGUGAGCAGAGUUUGGCCACAGGUAUUUCACAUAACGACACCGAGGGAAUACGAUCGGAUGGAGGAUGAUACGGGGACAGCGCUACGUCUGCUAAACGAGGUGAGUCCAAUCCCAAAAUUCAUCCACUUCACAGCAAAUGAAAUGUUCCUAAGAGCAUUUGAAGGGAAAGAUAAGGUUCACAUCAUAGACUUUGACAUAAAGCAAGGCCUGCAAUGGCCAAGCUUGUUUCAAAGUUUGGCAUCUAGAGCAAACCCACCAAGUCAUGUCCGAAUCACUGGGAUCGGUGAGUCGAAGCAGGAAUUGAACGAAACGGGAGACAGAUUAGCAGGAUUCGCCGAAGCAUUGAGGCUGCCAUUUGAGUUCCAUGCCGUGGUGGAUCGGUUGGAGGAUGUGAGGCUGUGGAUGCUUCAUGUCAAGGAGCAAGAGAGUGUAGGUGUAAAUUGCAUACUCCAACUUCACAAGACUCUCUAUGAUGGCAAUGGAGGAGCAUUGAGAGACUUUUUGGGGCUUAUCAGAAGCACAAACCCAAGCAUUGUUGUCAUGGCUGAACAAGAAGCCGAGCACAACGAACCGAGGUUAGAGACACGAGUUGCAGCUACACUGAAGUACUACGCCGCCAUAUUCGAUUCCCUUGACACAAGCCUUCCACCCGAAAGCUCGGCCAGGUUGAAAAUUGAGGAGAUGUUUGGGAGGGAGAUAAGGAACAUGAUAGCAUGUGAAGGAAGGGAGAGGUAUGAAAGACAUGUUGGAUUCAAGAAAUGGAAGAAGGAUAUGGAGCAGCAAGGAGGGUUGCAAUGCAUCAGGAUUCACGACGAUCGAGAGCUUCUCCAGACUCAAUUCCUCUUGAAAAUGUAUUCAUCAGCAGCUCAUGGAUUCAAUGUAACGAAGAUUGAAGAAGAAGAAGAAGAAGAAGAAGAAGAAGGAACAGCUCAAGCAAUUUGCCUAACUUGGGAAGAUCAGCCACUUUACACUGUCUCAGCUUGGUCACCAGCAGAAGUUUCUGGGAGUUCAUCUUCAUUUAACCAUCCAACUUCUUGAUUAUUUUUUUUUUUUUAAUACCAUUCUUUUGAUUUCAAUUGUAAUUUGUUAUACAAAAAGGAAAAUUCUUUGUAGGGGUAGAGAAAAGAGAGCAUAGAGAAACGGGGUGAUUUGAUUAUUCUUUCAUUCUUUUGUUAAGUAUUAAUAUUCUAUAGAAUAUCAUAUAGGCAAUGUUAUAAAAAAAGAGUCUAUAUUUGAUUUGUUGUAAUUCUUUAAUUCUUUUGUGCAAGUGUUCAUUACAAUUUCUUUAAGUGAUGUUAGUUUUUGAAGGUCAGCACUACUUCUUCUAUUCAAUAAAGAGAUACAACUUCAUUGAUUUA